CGUCCCCGUGUGUCCCUGCUGCAGGGAGGGCACAGCAGGGCCCAGGCUCCGCUCCAGGGGCCCAGCAAUGGCACCAGAGGCCACGGACACCAAGUGAUGCCCAGGAAAUUCCACCUGGACAUGAGGCAGAACUUCCCUGUGCAGUGCCCAAGCCCUGAACAGAUUGUCCAGAGAGGGUGUGGAGUCUCCUCCCUGGGGAUAUUCCAGAGCCAUCUGGACACAGUCCUGUGCUAUGGGAUGAGCCUGCUGGAGCAAAAGGUGGGAUCAGGUGACUCCGGUCCCUUCCAGCCUCGCCCAUCCUGCGACUCCAUGAACGUGGCUGUGGGAGCCGUGCUCUGGAAGAGGGCAGCCCCGCUGGGGCCCAUGCCCAACGAGGACGUGGACGUGGGGAACCUGGAGGUGCUGCAGAAGUACCGCAGCUUCACGCGCUACCUGCGGCAGGCGGAGCGGGCGAGCCGGGAGCCGCGCUGGUGGAACACCUACCGCCAGCACACCAACCCCCCUGCAGAGCCCGAGACAGACAUUGGCCUGCCACGUGAGAAGCCACCACGGGCAAAGGAGCUCAAGGAAAGAAAGAGGAUCCUGAGGGAGAAUCGCCAGAAUGCUGAGAUGGAACGAGCGGCGCGGCUCCGCACUGUGCUCAUUCCCCUGGACGAGGUCAGGGCUGAGUGGGAGAGGACGAGUGGCCCAUUUCACAAGCAGCGUGUGGCCAAGCACUGCGGGGUGUUCCGGGACCUGUUCAAGGGGGCCACCUUCACCCCCUGGGUGGCCCUGAGGGUGCAGUACAGCCAGGAGGACGAGCACCUCGUGCCAGUCUACUACGGGAACAUGGUGACUCCAUCAGAGGCUUCCAGUCCCCCUGAAGUGUCAUAUGAGGCAGACAGAGGCUCCCUCUGGACCCUGUUGCUCACAAAUCCAGAUGGACAUUUGAGGGAUGCAGACUCCGAGUACCUCCACUGGCUGGUGACCAACAUCCCAGGCAGUGACAUCAAGGCUGGUAAGGAGAUGUGCCACUACCUGCCCCCCUUCCCUGCCAUGGGGACGGGCUACCACCGCUUCAUCUUCCUGCUCUUCAAGCAACACGGUCCCAUCGACUUCAGCCAGGACGCUCGGCCAGCACCAUGCUACAGCCUGAAGAUGAGAACCUUUAGUACAUUUGACUUCUACAGAAAGCAUAAGGAUGCCAUGACCCCGGCAGGGCUGGCAUUCUUCCAGUGUCAGUGGGACAGCUCUGUCACUUCCACCUUCCAUCAGCUGCUCAACAUGAGGGAGCCCGUGUUCGAGUUCGUGCGGCCGCCCCCCUACCACCCUCCGCAGGUGAAGUUCCCUCGCCACCAGCCCCUGAGGUACCUGGACAGGUACCGAGACACAGAGGAGCCCACCUACGGCAUCUACUAGGAGCUGUCCCCCUCUGUGACCGUGGGAUGCUGGCUCCUGGAUUUCCUGUGCUCCCCUCAGUGCCUCAGGAGGGAAUGACAAAGUCUGAGCCCCUCAGCUCUCAGUUCCCCUGUGCUGGGAGCUGGUGUUGGGUGUGCACAGAGCUGGCAGCUGCGUGGUCAAGAGGCUGCUCAGUGAGAACAUUCAAAGCGAAUCCAUGGCCAGGCUGAAACCUUGCUCCUGAUUCUGCAUCUCUCCAGAGACAAUCUGCCUUGCUUCCCUGCAAGGAUUGCAGUUUUCGUUUUGCCUGUUUAUUGAACAAAGAGAGCCAGGCCAGUCUGGAUUUCUUCCUCUCACAGUGCUGUGGUUCAGGAGUGUGUCAGAUUUUAUUUGUGCAGUCCUUCUGGAGGGAUGAAUCUGAUUAAACACUCUCUGAGUA